AUGGCAAGUAAACAUAAUGAUGAUACCAAGUCACCUGUAUUUGUACUUGCUUCAACUAGGGUUGUAGCAUUCAAUAUUCAGAGAACUACAAUUCAUUUAGCAUUCUCUAUUUCAGUCAAUAGCUUAAAUUUUGAUAUUAGUG